AUGGAACGAGACAUUCAGGAAAAACAGAGUAUCAUUGAUGAUCUGCGCAGCAACCUGAUGGAGCUGCAGCUGCAUUCAGAACAUCUUUCCCAGUCCCUCUUCCAGGAGCGGCAAGAGCGGGAGCUGGUCAGUGCUAAAGUAGGGCACACACGUCAAUUGUUCUUGACCUUACAAGAACAACAUGAGCAAUUGACUGAGAGUGUUGCUUGUUUUCAAGAUACUAAGGAUGAAAUACAGAAGGAACAUGAUUGUUUGAUAGAGAAGCUAAAAGCAUUUAAAGAAAGUUUUAAACUGCAAGAGGAUGUCAUAGAAAAACUGACCUUAGAAGCUAAAGAGAAUGCCCACAGUUUUGAAAAUGCAAAAGAAUCAUGGGAGAGAAGUAUCUUGAAAAAAGAUCAAGAAUUAAAAGAAUUGAAUGUCCAAGUGGAAAACCUAAAAUCUGAGAUACAAAAUUUGUCUAAAAGCUUGGAAAGCACGACAAGCAACCUAUCUUCUCUGCAAAAGGAGAAGACACAGUUGUGCUCUGAGCUCGAUGAGGUGAGGGAUUCUUUAUUCAAGGCUGAAGAGCAGCUCAGAUUAAAAAAUGAAAAAUUGACAGAGCAGAUUACAAGAGCAGAUGAAGAACUGAAGCUUGAACAUGAACAACUGGUGGAGAGAACAAAAGAAUUUCAGGAAGCUGCAGAAAAAAUACAGUAUUUGAAAAAGGUUAAUGACACCCUGGAAGGGGCCAAGACAAGAAAGAAACAUGCUAGCAGAGAAACUUCAGAGCACGAAAAAAAGCUAUCGAAAAAGAAAAAUCUAUUGGAGCAGUUUAAGGAGCAGGUUACAACUCUUGAAAGUGAUCUAGAAGCUAAGAAAACUGCACUGAUGCACUUGGAAGAGGAAAAUAAGAACAAAGAGGAAAUUAGCCACAACUUAGAAGUUUCCUUGAACGAAAUCAACAAAAGCAACAUUAUUUGUAAUGAAGCCUUGCAAGAGAUGGCACAGAAAAUUUCUCUCACUGAAAAUCAUGAAGCUCAACUUAUAGAAGAAAAGAAGAAAACAGAGGAGGAGCUAAAAAAAGUCAGUUCAGAUUUGAAGGCAAAAGUCCAGGAAUGUGAAGAUCUCUCAACAACAAUAAAGGAGCUGAAUGAAGAAAUAAAGACAAUUGAAAAAGAGUGUGAAGUGAAAAUUAAGAAUGUUUCUUCUGAGACUAAAUCAAGAAGGAUUUUAGAACAAAAAAUCCAUGGACUAGAAGAAAAACUAAAGAAAGCUACAAAAAAUGGUGAAAAUCAAGAAACUGAACUAAAGAAGAUUAAAAAUGUAGUAACUGAAAAGGAAAAGGAGUUAGAGGAAUUAAAAGUAUCUUUAGAUCAGAGUUUGUGUGAAAAGCAAGAAAUCCAGUACAGAUAUGAAGCCAAAGAUCAUUCAUUUCAAAGUUAUCAAAAUUAUACCACUUCAAACUUGGAAACACUCAAAACUGAACUUGAUCUUACUAAAGAAAUAUUAGAAAAAACAAAAGGUGAACACGAGCAACAAGUGCUUAAUCUUCAGGAAGAAUUAGAGAAAGCAAAAGAAACUUUGAAUUCAUCAGAGGCUGCUCACAAAAUUGAACUUCAAGGAGUUGAAAAAUCUCUCCUUGAACAAAAUAAUAUCUCUGUGACACAAUUUAGGGAGGAGAUCUCUUCUUUGACAGCUAAGAUAGAGAUUAUGACAAGGGAACUAGAACAAGUUAAAGAGGAGGCCAGCAGUGCCAUCAAGGAGAAACUACACAUAAAACUGGAAUCAGACAACAAAGUAAAGGAAAUGAGUGAUCUUUUGGAUACAUAUAAAACUGACAAGGAGGCCAAAUUAAAAGUAGCUGACGAAGAGCUCAAGAAGAGCCAGUCACAAAUUACACAGCUUGUACAGGAGAGGGAUGAACUGCUGGCUAAGAUCAAGGCACAGACCAAGAACUGUAAUACAGAUGAAAAAGAAAAGGUUGCCAUAACACAGGCUAUGAAAAAUGAAGUUGAGAAAAUCUUAAUACCUCCUUCAGUGAGCCCUAGCAUUAGAACACCCAGUCCAGGAUCAUAUUUAGAUACCAUGAACACAUUUGCUAAACCUAGCAUCCCCCCAGCACCCAGAACUAUCAUAAAACCUGAAGCUGACAAAGUGCAGGGAAAACCAGUGGUCAGUAUCCUCAAGACAAGACGACGUACCCUGCUGCCUCCAGAAUUCCAGAAACGUGUAGUAUUUAAACCAUUAACACACAUCAAAGACUAUACUUCUGGAGACUCAAGCUCAGAUGCCUGUGCAUUAGAGGCUGCUGAUAGUGAUGAGCCAUUUGAGGAAAUAAAGCGAGCCAUAAGGUAUCCAGGCAUUAGACAAGAAAAAGUACCAAGGGCCAAUGUAGCUCCUUUCAUCCCUGAGACCAAUAUCCCUCAGAAAACCCCCUUGCCUCUCAACGAACAUAACAUGAAUAGUGAGGUAAACAAAGGACCAUCAGCCAACUCUUCAAAGAGAAAGCGGGGCAGGAGUGAUCAACAAAAGCAGAAUAUGAAGACCUAUAGUGCUGUUAGCCCAAAGAAUAAACAACGGAAAAUGCCAUAGAAUUUACAAAAAUCACAUUACAUGUAAUCAAAUAAGAUUCUUGAAUUUUAUGAAGAGAGAGAUUAUAAUUUUAAGUUGUUUAAAUGAUGUAUAUAAGGUGCUUACUGUUACCUACUUUAGAGACAUUAUAGUAUUAUUUACUAUUUCCCCUCUAGUGUUCAUAUAAUAUUUCAGUAAUCUUUCAGUAUGUUGAUUGAUUGAAUCUUUGAGAUUGAAAAAUAAAAAGGAACCUUCACUCAACUUAUUGAAUAUAUUUAUUUUUAUAUGAAUAGGAUUUUUUUUUGUUAAGGAAUCAGUUAAUGAUGUAAUUUUGAAUACACCAACACUUAUAACUUUAUUGUGUUAAGUUAAUGUUCUACAUAUCUGAUCUGCCUUUAACUAAGGGUGUUUACUGUUAUUUUUUAUCCUAUAACUGCAUUACAUUGGAUUGGAAAAUUAUAUUGUUAUUGAUUUGGCAGACAGGAGACUUUACUUAUCUAGAUCCAAAUUCUCUCUCUCUCUCUCUCUCUCUCUCUCUCUCUCUCUCUCUCUCUCUCUCUCUCUCUCUCUCUCUCUCUCUCUCUCUCUCUCUCUCUCUCUCUCUCUCUCGCUCUCUCUUGUGUGCCAAUUUUCAUAAAAUGUCAGAAUAGUUAUUUUUCAUUGCCAUAUACUAGCUCACAUUUAUUGUAAGGACAACAAGGGAUAUGUAUUUAAUUUGCUUUUUUAUAUGGUUUACAUUUAUAUGCUGUGUGCAUAGUUUGUGCAAUUUCAAGAAGUAUGUGAAGGAAAAAUAUACAAAUUUCUUACUGUAGAAGGUUGCCAUUAUAUAUUGAAGAAAAAUAUAUAAAAAUUUACAUAAAGGAAAUAUAAUAUUACAUUAGGUUA